AUGGCAGUUGUCUCUGGGAAUCCGGUUGGUCAACCAUACCUCGGAAACACGAUCGACGGGCCGAUGGGGAUCAAAGCCGAGCUAUCCAGGCGAAAUACGGAGUUUGCACAUUGCCCCCAGAGGUACGAUCGUGUUUUGUCCCUCUCCUUGGAUGUCAAGGUCCAGCCCGUUCCCCGCUCCCCCCUUAUCACCCCCCCCCCAGCUUUAUACUGUGAAUUUGGGGGUACAGCCAAGAAGUGUGAAGAAUGGCUCAAGGAUAACGAGUCGGGCUUGUGGGAUAAGCUAUACUCCGAAGAUGCUUUGAACGCCAACCUCUCUACCCUGUCUGUCUCAGCGCAAGAGCGUGCCGCCAAGGAUGCCGCCAAGAAGGAAGCCAAAGCUGCGGCAAACGAGGCACGAGAUAGUGAGCGCAAGGCUGCCUCCAAGGUCCUGAUUAAGCGCGUGGAACGGAACAAGCGCAAGUACGUCACGGUGGUCAUCGGUCUGGAGGUGUUUGGCCUGGAGAACAAGAAGAUUGCAAAGGAUUUGGGCAAGAAGUUUGCCACUGGGUCCUCGGUGACCCGGUCGCCAGCAGGCAUUGAGGAGAUUACCGUCCAAGGAGAUGUCAGUGACGACCUUUCCGACUGGCUACUCGAGGUGCACGGAAAUAAGAUUCCCGAGGCCAACAUCGAGUUCAUCGAGGACAAGAAGAAGAAGAAGAGCGAAGCGGCCAUGCCGUAA